CCGACGAUGAUACCAAUACUCGCUCAGGUCGCGGAGAAUGCCCGCCGCCGGUGGAAAGACGAACGACCGACAACAAUAUAAUUGUGUGUGCCUUGCGCAGUCUAUACCGACCUUCCUGUUGUCUGUCUUCCUCGUUUUCCCAUAAGAUAUUGGAUACGCGGGUGUCUGUCUGCAUGUUGCCACUUGUCUUUAGUAGUAUUUCGGACGCUUUCGCCGUCGGUCGGUGCAUUUCGUCGGUUUUCUCGUUUUCGGUGCUUUCAAAGUUACUUUUCGAUCGAAUUACUGGGAAUAUUCACGGUUAUUGGAUGUGAUUAAGUGAAUUAUAUGUUCAAGUUUGGCAUUGGUUCGAUUCGGUUGUGUUAAGAAAGUAAAACGAUCGAAAAACGGCGAUAGUGUCGAUCAAUAUCGAAGUCGGCGGCGAUCAAAGGGGAUCAAAGAAGGCGCGUGUGUUGUUGCGUUGGCGAUAAAGAGCAACAAACGAGAUAGCGUUGACCCAUCUGGUUCUUGUCAACAGUAGGCGGUGGAGGGUUGUGGGAGAAGUGUAUCGUUGAGUUCGGUUGUCUUCCAGCCAGUCUUGGGGUGAACGGUCGCGGAUGGCGUAAAAGCAGAGGAAGUGCACAGCGGGAGGAAGAAGAGGAUCGAGUUUUAUUGCAUUCAAGUGCGAAGAAUAGAGCCAGAAUGUUGUAAAUUUGAGGCAGUUCACUGUCUGUUUUGGUGGUAUUAGUGAAGCGAGCCAUCUAAAAAUAUACCAAGUGGCCGUGCUGAAAGCUGAAGAAAGUCAAACAGCCGCUGCCGGGUUUGAUAGUGUUGGUGUUGAGAAUGUUCGUCGAUCGUGCUUGACGUGCUGUUUAUUGCACUUCGAUGAUGUCGAUAGUUUCCAAGUGUGUGUGUUAAAUUAACACCGGAAAGUGGAUAAAGUGGAAUCGAGUUAAGAGAUAUACAAAGGGGAGCAUAUAAGAAUCAACGAGUGUGGAGGAAACCGUGUUUUUUGGUUUUUGGGAGUUGAAAUGGCUAAACUAGCAAUGUUGUUCAAAUAUUUUGUUCUGAUGCUAUGUUUGGCUAGUUCGGGAUCUAUUCAGCAGCAGGAAUCGUUUGGGGGUCAUGAAAUGUCCAGUAUGAAUGCCGAUGAUUUUCAGCACCACAAUCGAUGCGAGACGAUCACAAUACCGUUCUGUACGGAUAUUCAAUACAAUAGAACCAUCAUGCCAAACCUGAUUGGGCACACCAAGCAGGAGGAAGCUGCUCUGGAGGUUCACCAGUUCAUACCGCUCGUCAAGAUAGACUGCAGUCCGGAUCUGAAGUUCUUUCUUUGCACCUUGUACGCACCUGUUUGUACAAUCCUCAAUUAUCCCAUACCGCCCUGUCGGAGCUUGUGCGAGAGUGCACGAGUGUGUGAAACAAUUAUGAGGACUUUUGACUUUCCAUGGCCAGAGAACUUGGAAUGUAGCAAGUUUCCAGAGGAUGGAAAAGAGCUGUGCGUAUCGCAAAACACCUCGUCGGAAAGCACACCAAUGCCAACAAGUGCACUGCACCCUACAAAACCUCAUGCCCCAAGAAAGAACGUUCAUGCUGGAGCCGGCAUCGGAAAUCAUCUAGGCAACAGUCAUCGAGAUCUAGGAUUCAUCUGUCCGGUCCAAUUGAAGGCCCCAACGAUUAUGGGCUAUCAGUUGACAGUAGGAGGAAAGGUCACUAAAGACUGCGGUGCACCGUGCCAUUCGAUGUUCUUCUCGGAGAACGAGCGAACCGUGCUCAAGUACUGGGUCGGUUCCUGGGCGGCAGUGUGCGUUGCCAGUUGUCUCUUUACGGUCCUAACCUUCAUGAUCGAUUCGUCCCGCUUCCGCUACCCGGAGCGCCCGAUAGUGUUCCUGGCCAUCUGCUAUCUCAUCGUGGGGUGCGCUUACGUGGCCGGACUCGGUGCCGGUGAUUCCGUGGCGUGCCGUGAACCGUUCCAACCGCACAUCAAACUCGGUCGGAUGCACAUGCUGUCCACCAUUACUCAGGGUCACCGCCAGUCGACGUCCUGCACGGUCCUGUUCAUGGCCCUGUACUUCUGCUGUAUGGCGGCGUUCGCCUGGUGGGCUUGCCUAGCGCUGGCCUGGUUCCUGGCUGCGGGUCUCAAGUGGGGUCACGAGGCAAUCGAAAACCGAUCCCAUCUGUUCCACCUGGUGGCGUGGGCGAUUCCGGCGAUCCAGACCAUUUUCGUGCUCGCUCUCGGCAAAGUUGAAGGUGACGUCCUAUCCGGAGUGUGCUUCGUCGGUCAGUUGGACACGCACUCGUUGGCCGUAUUUCUGCUGAUCCCCCUCUGCAUCUACCUUUCGGUUGGAGCGCUGUUCCUGCUGGCGGGCUUCAUUUCCCUGUUUCGCAUCCGAACGGUAAUGAAACACGACGGAACCCGCACCGAUAAGCUGGAAAGGCUGAUGCUCCGGAUUGGAUUCUUCAGUGGACUGUUCAUCCUACCGGCCCUGGGCUAUUUGGGUUGUUUGUUCUACGAGUACUACAACUUUGACGACUGGAUGAUCCAGUGGAACCGACAAAUGUGCAAGCUAUUCUCCAUCCCUUGUCCGACGACGACACCGACGAUGACAAUGGGCGGUUCACUGAAGUACGGUUCGGCAGGGAUGAUGGCCCAGGACGAGGAGAAGCCCAUCUUCCACAUCUACAUGGUCAAGUACGUGUGCUCGAUGCUAGUCGGAGUCACGUCCAGCGUGUGGUUGUGGUCCGGCAAGACUGUGAUCAGCUGGAGACAGUUUGCUGAGCGGCUGCAGGGAAAGGACAACCGCAAUCGUGGGGCGUAUGUUUAGGUUUUUGGAGUGCUUCAGGAGGGCUGAAAGUUGAGCGAUUACAGCAUAUACUAGUGUGCUUUGACUUGAGCUUCAAGUACUUGAAUUAAGUUUAGAGAAACCAAAUGUUUUGUUUUAGGAAAUGUUGGGUAGAGAAGAAAAAGCAUUUGCUUUAACGCAAAAAGAAAUACAAUCGAGAUUAAAAAUUUAGGGUAUUUUUAAGUAACAAAAACAUGGAUUUUUAAAAGGCAUUAUAAGGAUAAUUGUUCAUUUGGCAAAUCUUAGCACUUCUUAGGUACCAGCUCCUUUACACAUAGUUUCAAAACAAAUGCAAAGUUGAUGAUAUCCUUUGUGGAGAAUCCAAUUCACCAUGAAUGAAUGAGUUUUUGAUAACUUUCUAGUGGGAAUAAGAGGCCCGAUAAAUGUCCUGAAAUAUUGGGUUGCAAUCUGCUAAACCGUAAAAAAUACAAUAUUUCGUCGACUGGAAGGUUAUUGCAAUUCCAAUUUAAGGACUUCCAACUGCACGAGAUCUUGGCUUUUGUAAGAUCUUGUGCAAUUUUUUAGUCAAACCCUCUUUUCUUUAGAAAAAAAUUUAUAAAAUAUUAACGUGAAAUCUUCGACUGAUGUUGUUUGAAUCCGCAAUCGAAGGUUUGUUAAGAUUAUUAAACUUUAUAUAACAGGGUGCCGACAUUGAGGUUUCAAAACUCUAUAACUUCGCUAUUGCUCGAUCAAUUUCAAUGAAAAUUUCAGGAUUUUACAUUGUACAUUUUGAAUUCGGUGACGGUUUCGGACUUGGUUCCAAAUUUAUUUGAAGACCCGUAAUAUUUCGAAAUGGAAACGAUGGAAAAUGCAAGAAACUUCUUAAAAAAAAUAUGUCAUAUGUGACAGAAUGUCAUGUUUCAGUUCGAAGAUGAUACAAAUGCAAUAAAUAGUUAACUUUCAAAUAAAGUUAUUAGUUCAAUCAUGUGUAAGUACUAGUGAAAUAUAACGUAAUUAAUUACUU